GGGUCCCAUCGUAGCUCGAGCGCUGUGGGAUGGGACUUGGCUUCUUCAGGGGGAGCUGAAGGCAGACUAGCGCGCGCGCACGCACGGAUUUGUAGCCUGCUGACAGUCUCUGUCUGAAGUGAUAAAUGUUUAAGCAAUGAGAAUGUUCGUGUUUUUAAUGGCGGCGUGUUUGGCCCUCGGGUCACACGCCCAGCAGCAGUUGGUGGACUUGGAGGUCCCCGGAUUCGGUGACGUUUGCUCGCAAGGGAGCUGCUACCCCGCCACAGGUGACCUGCUAAUCGGCAGAGCUCACCGACUGAGCGCCUCGUCCACCUGUGGCCUCAACGGGCCAGAGCGCUACUGCAUUUUGAGCCAUUUGGCGGAGGACGAGAGCUGUAAAGUGUGUGACUCGAGGCAGAAGUAUCACGAGCGCUACCACCAGGACAGCCACACCAUCGAUAACGUGGUCGCCACAUUCACACCCAACCGGCUCAUCACUUGGUGGCAGUCCCAGAACGGCCUUGAGAAUGUGACCAUUCAGCUGGACUUGGAGGCGGAGUUCCACUUCACACAUCUCAUCAUGACCUUCAAGACGUUCCGACCCGCCGCCAUGGUGAUCGAGCGUUCCAUGGACAACGGCCGGAGCUGGCAGGUGUACCGUUACUAUGCCUACAACUGCACCAGCACCUUCCCUGGCGUCCCUGAGGGACCAAUCAGGAGGGUGGAUGACAUCAUCUGUGACACACGCUACUCCGAUGUCGAGCCCUCCACCCAAGGAGAGGUGAUCUUCAGAGUUCUGGAUCCAGCCUUUGACAUUCCUGACCCCUACAGCAUUCAAAUUCAAAACCUGUUGAAGAUCACUAAUCUGCGUAUCCGCAUGUUGAAGCUGCACACGCUGGGCGACAACCUUCUGGAUAUUCGCGAGGAGGUCAGCCAGAAAUAUUACUACGCCCUCUACGACAUGGUCGUCCGCGGCAACUGCUUCUGCUACGGACACGCCUCCAAGUGCGCGCCCUCCGACCGCGGGGAGGGAGUGGCCGAGGGCAUGGUUCAUGGCCACUGCAUGUGUAACCACUACACGGCGGGUCUGAACUGUGAGAAGUGUCAGGAGUUCUACCAAGACCAUCCCUGGAGACCAGCCCUGGGGCUCAACACCAACGCCUGCAAGAGAUGUGAGUGUAACCAGCAUGCGUACGCCUGCCAUUUUGACAUGGCCGUGUACCUGUCGUCGGGUAACGUGAGCGGGGGCGUGUGUGACGACUGUCAGCACAACACCAUGGGCCGCCAGUGCCACCAGUGCAAACCCUUCUACUACCAGCACCCCGAGCGAGACAUCCGCGACCCCAACGUAUGCGAACCGUGCAGCUGUGAUCCGCGUGGUUCCCUGAACGGGGGUCUGUGUGACGCGGAGACGGAUGUGGUGAGUGGCAGGAUCGCUGGCCAGUGCCGCUGCAAAGCCAACGUGGAGGGAGAGAGAUGCGACCAGUGCAGACCCGGACACCACGGCCUCAGCAACACUGAGGAGGGAUGCCAGCCAUGCACCUGUAACCAGCAGGGGACGGUUCCCGGGGCCAACAAGUGUGACACCAACUCCGGCCACUGCUACUGCAAACGCCUGGUCAUGGGCAUGAACUGCGAUAAGUGCCGGCCUGAACACUGGGGACUUGGCAAUGACAUGGAUGGUUGCAGGCCGUGCGAUUGCGACCAGGGCGGGGCUGUCAACAACAUCUGUGACCCUCACACAGGUCAGUGUGUGUGUCGUGAGCACAUGUUUGGUCAGCGCUGUGAUCAGAUCGAGUCGGGCUACUACUUUGUCUCCAUGGACUAUUACACCUUCGAGGCAGAGGAGGCCAAGUUUGGACCGGGUGUCAGUGUGAUCCAGAGGCCCUUCCCAUUGGACCGUGAGCCGACCUGGACAGGCGUGGGAUUCGCCAAGGUCCCAGAGGGGGAGGAGCUUGAGUUUACCAUCAACAACAUCCCACAGUCCAUGGAGUACGACGUACUCAUACGUUACGAACCACAGUUACCGGCGGAGUGGGAGCAGGCGUCUGUGCGAAUGGAGCGACCGAGAGUGGUGGGGGGGAGCUGUGCAGGGGGGGGCUCCACUGACAACCAGGCCGUCUCAAUGCCUCCUGGAUCAAGGUACGUGUCUCUGCCGUGGCCCGUGUGCUUUGAGAAAGGCCAGAACUACACCCUCCGCCUCAGCCUGCCCUACUACUCCUCAACCAGCGACCACCACGCUCCAUUCAUCUUCAUAGACUCAAUCGUGCUGAUGCCGCAUGUGCGUUCCCUGGACAUGUUUUCGGAGUCUCAGGUGGACUGGGACACGUUUGAGCGCUACCGCUGCCAAGAGCGCAGCCAGAGCGUCGUCAAGUCCCAGAUGACACACAUCUGCAGAGACUACAUCUUCAGCAUGUCUGCACUAUUACACCAGGGAGCUAUGAAGUGUGUGUGUGACCCUCUGGGUUCGCGCAGCACGGUGUGUGACCCUAACGGUGGCCAGUGUCAGUGCCGCUCCAACGUCAUGGGCAGGAGCUGCGACAGAUGUGUCCCCUCCCACUUCCUCUACCCCUCCUGCAGACCGUGCGAGUGUGACCCGGUGGGCUCGGAGAGUGCGUUCUGCGAGGACGCCACGGGCCAGUGCAGCUGCCUGCCGGGGGUGUACGGACGCCAGUGUGCCCACUGCCUGCCCAGCCACUGGGGCUUCCCCCACUGCCAGCCCUGCCACUGCAACGGCCACAGCCAGUUCUGCCACCCGACCACCGGGGAGUGCCAGGGGUGCAGGGGCAACACGGCCGGGCACAACUGUGAGAGGUGUGAGGAUGGUUUCUAUGGCAGUGCGUUGUUGGAGUCUGGGGGCCAGUGUAAGGCGUGCAUGUGUCCCGAGGGGCCCGGCAGCAGGAGGCAGUUCGCAGUGGGCUGCUACCAGGACCCUUACAACCAACAGGUCACCUGCGUCUGCAGUCCAGGAUACACCGGCCCGAGGUGUGAGCAGUGUGCCCCAGGUCACUAUGGUAACCCUGAGUCGCAGGGCGGCCAGUGCUUCCCGUGCGAGUGCAGUGGCAACAUCGACCUGCUGGACCCCGGAUCCUGCGACGCGCGGACCGGAGCCUGCCUCAAGUGUCUCUACUACACGGAAGGCAGUGCAUGCCAGUACUGCAAGAGAGGCUACUACGGGGACGCACGCACACAGGACUGCAGGAAGUGCAUGUGUAACGAGCGUGGCACCAGCAGGGAUGGCUGUGAAGGUGGCGAGUGUGUGUGUGAGGAGCUCACGGGGCAGUGCCCGUGCCUGCCUGGCGUGGAGGGCCAGCACUGCGACCAGUGUGAAGUGGACUACUGGAACUACGACAGUGGAGAGGGCUGCCAGGCCUGCCAAUGCCACCCUGUACACUCCUAUGGGUCAUCGUGCGACCAGCUGACGGGCCAGUGUGUGUGUAAGCCAGGCUUCGGAGGGCGGACCUGUGAGGACUGCAGAGAACUAUUCUGGGGCAACCCUGAGGUCCAGUGUCACGCGUGCGACUGUGACCCUCGCGGCAUCGCGUCGGAGCAGUGCAACAGGCGUACGGGCCACUGCACGUGUUUGGAGAGCUACGCGGGCCCUCGCUGUGACAGCUGCGCACGCGGCUACCGUGGCCAGUUCCCCGACUGCGUCCGCUGCCACCAGUGCUUCAGCGAAUGGGACCUGACGGUGGGAGAGUUGACCAAUCAAACGCAGCGGCUGCUGGACACCAUUGAGGAGGCCCAGGUGGGUGGGGUUGUGGCGCCGUACAAGGAUUUGAUUGACAACAUGGAGCAGAGUGCCACAGAGCUGCGGAAGAUUCUAGAAGACGACCGAGUGUCGGAGCCUCAGGAGCAGACACAGAAACUACUGCAGGAUGCCAGGGACGUGGUGGUGCACCUGACGCGCUCCCUGAACGUGAGCGAGAUGACGCUGGACACGGUGGCGGAGGAGCACAACCGGACGCAGGCCAAGAUGGCCGCCCUGGAGAAGGAGGCCGAGAGGCUACAGCAGACCGUGAGGGACACACAGGACCAGGUGGAGCGCAUCAAGAACUCCAACAUCAGAGGUGCUUCUGACAGCAUCUCUAAGUACUAUCAGCAGUCUGUGGAGGCGGAGGCGCAGGCCAACAGCGCCACCUCUGGGCCGCAGAGCACCGUGGACCAGUCGGCCACGCUACGGCAAGCCACGGAGGACAUGAUGAACCGCACCAAGGCCGACUUUGACAAGAGCCAGAAGCGGCAGGCCAAGCAGCUGGAGGAGCUGGGCAAGGAGAUCGAGAACCUCGACCUAUCAGCACUCGGCCUGGCGGCGUGUGGCGCUGAGGACAGCAGCUGUGGCCAGUGCGGGGGUCUGGGGUGCGUUUCUGAGGACGGAGCGCCACACUGUGGCGGGGAGGAGUGUGGCGACGCCAUCUCCACGGCUCGCCAGGGCAUGACCACCGCCAAGAACUUCGACAAGGAGAUCGUCAAAGCCCUGCAGGAGGUGGACAAGCUCAACAGGAUGGUAUCGGAGGCCCGUGGUCGGGCAGACGUGGCCAAGCUGAACGCUGAGGAUAUCCUGCUGAAAGCCAAUCAGAGCAAAGAGAGGGUGGAGCUAAACAACCAGGAGCUGCGGCAGCUCAUACAGCAAAUUCGGGACUUCCUGAAUAACAGUACAGACCUGAACACCAUCGAGGCGUUGUCCAAUGAGGUGCUGGCCAUGAGCAUGCCCGCGUCGCCGGGGCAACUGGAGGAGCUGGCCUCGGAGAUCCGGGAGCGCGUCAAGAGCCUGACGGGAGUGGAGGACAUCCUGGCACACAGCCAUGAGGAUAUUACACGCGCCCGCACGCUGCUCAACAACGCCAAGACCUCCAGUGAGCAGGCCACUGCCAUGAAGAGUGAAGCGGACAUGCUGAACCAGUGGCUGAACCAGACGGAGGCCAGCCAGGAGGCGGGGCAGGACGCCAUCAAACAGGCAGAGGGGGACAUCAAGACAACACGAGACCUGCAGGCCACGCUGGACUCUGAGACGGCGUCGGCGGAGCUGAAGCUGAACAACGGCACGGCGCGUCUGACGGGGAUGGAGCGAGACCUGCGAGAGAUCAACGCCAAGAACCAGGAGACCGCCAACACCGCCAAGCACACGCAGCGGAACGCAGACUACCUGCAGCAGCAAGUGGAACAGACCAAACAUGAGCUGGACUCCGAGGUCCUGAAUCGCUAUGCCACCAUGGAGAGUGUGAUGGAGCAGAAGGCUGGUACUGUGAUCGAGGGCAGACGCAGAGCUAAAGAGCUGCACGAAGAGGCCAAGCACAUGCUGGACCACGCUGUAGCAUCGCUGCAGAAACUCAGAGAGCUGGAGCGGUCAUAUGUUGUCAACCAGCAAACUUUGGAAGAAAAAGCAGAAAUCCUGGAGAGGCUGGAAAAAGAAGCCCGCGAAAUACUUAAGGAAAUCAGCUACAAAGUGUCGGUCUACAGUACCUGCUUGUAACCAUGGGAACCAUCCAACCAUUUCACCCAUCACUCAGCCUAACAUGCCGGCCCUGUAAAAGUUUCUAAAAAUUAUGACUUGUGACAAUCAGAUUGGGAGCUCACAAAUGGAACCAAUGUACAAGCUCGAUAUGGCAUAUGUCUCUGACAUCUGUAUAGUCAUUUGUAUUUAAGAAAAAGAAAGAAAAAAACACAUCACCAAGCCAUAUGUUUUUUUUUAAAUCAAAUAUUUUUUGUUUAAUAUUGUAUACUAUGCACUGUAUUUUUUUUAAACUGACAUCCAAAACUAAAAAUAUAUGAUGACUGAUGAGUCUUAUUUUUUGACAUUUUAAUUAAAGCAUUCCCCCUUACAUACCGGCUAUGACUCACGAGUGUUUCUCAUGUCAGGUUGGGUGUGUCUGAAAGACUGACUCACUUGGUCUGUUUUUUUUUUAUUCUAUGGCUCAAAGUUUCUGGCUGAAGUGUAGGGGCAGUGAGGCAGAAAACAGAGUGGCUACUCCAAGAACUGGUUACGUCCAGUGAAGCUCCCCAUUGAUAUAAGUUCAGUUCAGCUCACUUUCAGGCAAGAUACUUGAAAGCUGUAAAUUGGUCACCACCUAGUGGCCAUAGACAUCAACUACAAACACAACAAAUGCAGGACAUAGUCAAGGCUGUUGUAGUCAAAACAUUGUCCAGUAUAUUUGAUUUUAAUAUAUUGGUUAUACAGUAAUUAGAUAGUUUAACAAACUGUGCAUUAUUAUAUAUUUGCACAAUAGUACAGACAGUGUACAUAAAGCAUUAUAUGUUGAUGUAUGUACUAAAUACUAGAUAAAAUAAACUGAUGUUACCCUGUGA